UAACAAUCCCAUCAGUCAUGUGGUGGCAUAGUAUCAAGGCCAAAUAAGACUUUGUGGGGAGAGAUGUCGGCUGCGGUAAAGCGGGCUUGUGACACAUGUACCAAGCGUAAAGUUAAAUGUGACAAAGAGGACCCGUGCUCGAAUUGCUCCAAAGCUCAAAUUGAAUGCUCUUAUCGAUCGCCAGUGCCCUCACAAAGGCAUAGGAAACGAGUCGCGGACGAUGACCUCCUCUCUAAGAUCAACGAGUAUGAGGAAUUGCUCCGCAGGCACAACAUAAAUUUCUGUCCUCUAGAUAACUCAUGGAUACCCUCGCCGUUGGAAGAGAAGCUGCCUUCGAGACAUCAGUCUGGCUGCGUCGGUGUGGGUGUCCGAACUCAAGCUUCCAGUGAGACCCAAGCACAGAACUCUGAAGCUUCUGUUCUUGGGAAACAGCUACAGCCACAGACCCCAGGUGGACGAAGCAUAGGAGCACCGCUUUGGCUUGGGCUGUCGAGAGAUCUGCGCGAACCUCCCAUCGAACAAUUCACACAGAAUAGCAAUGAUGGGAGAGAAGGACCAGUUGACUUUAGCUCCGGCAUUAUGGCUCUGCCACUGGUCCCUGUAUAUUUACCUGCUGUGUCGGGGCUGCUCGAAAUGCAUCCUGAACCGAAGCAUAUUUUCAAGCUCUGGCAGAUUUUUGCGGAAAACGUCCACCCGCUGAUCAUGAUCAUCCACGCCCCUACUGUUCAGCGUAGGAUAUCGGAGGUCUGCUGGAGCCUAGAUGCAGUUCCAAAGCCAUUCGAAGCAGUCAUGUUUGCCGUGUACGCUUUGGCUGUCUCCUCCAUGAAGGAGGCAGACUGCAUACAAUUGUUUGGGGAGACGAGGUCAAUUUUGCUAAAUCGGUAUAGCACGGGAACAGCGCAGGCGUUGGCUGCUGCAAACCUACAUGUAACGCGCGAUUUGGAGGUCUUGCAGGCCUUGGUAUUAUUCAUCUUACUAGAUUACCGAUCCGAUGCUUCAGUGACACUUACAGGCCUUGCAAUACGCAUUGGCCACAAGAUGGGGCUACAUAGAACGGGCACUGACUCCAAGACUCCCUUCUUUGAGGAGGAGAUGCGCGUGCGCAUAUGGUGGAAGAUCCGCUGCCUGGACUCGCGCUCUCGUCGAUUAGUACUGGGUUUACCACCGUCGCGGGCUGAAUUCGGGGACAUACGAAUGCCGCUCAACAUUAAUGACGCAGAUCUGCAUCCGUGUAUGGCCAGUCGGCCUGCUGUUGAACACACUGGUGCCACGGAGAUGCUGUACUGCUUGAUGAAGUACGAGGUUGCGCACUGGAUGCGCACGUCACCCACGCUCGCCGCAUAUUCCGUCAAUCCCCUUGAUAUGGUCAAGUCUACCAGCCUCGAGGCAAUGACCACGAAGAGGAAGGCGCUGGCUGAGAUACGACAGAUAUACGAGAACAAGUAUAUCCGCUAUUGCGACCCCACUAUUCCCCUUCACCACUUAUCUGCUACUGUAGGCCGCCUCUUCAUCUACCGCACGGUAUUUUCGUGUUUGCAUCCGAGGAACCAACCCGAGGGUGGCCGAUUGAUGUCACAAGCCGACCAGGAUGAGGUAUUUGAGAGUAGCGUUCAGGUCCUUCAGCUUGGGUAUGAAGUCCGUAGGACCCCAUUCUCAGCACAUCUGCUCGAACUUCAGGCAGCAAAAACGCAAGUCGAUGCGCUGGUGUACAUGGUUAGCGAGCUGCGGCAGCGCGUAAGCGGGGAUUUGGUGCGUACAGCGUGGGUGCUAGUAGAGAGGAUGUACAAGGACUAUCCAGAUCUGUUGCAGGACGAUGGCAAGUUUUCUACUGGACUAGCAGAUUUGACGCUGGAAGCGUGGGAUGUUCGCUGGCGGGAACUGCAAAGGCACCGAGAAGUGGCCGUACCGGAGUUUAUUGGCUUGCUACAGGCGGCGAGAGGGAAAGCCAGAGCUUAUGAUGGGACUCUCGAUCAGAUCGGAGGAGCGAUGCCAGGAGAAGGUACGCAGAUUGGGUUUCUGCAUGAAUCACUGGAUUGGGAAUUCUGGAAUGAUUUCCUUGAAAUAUAAGGUGGAAAGCUAGGCAAUCGAAUUAGGCGACGAACUUGCCUUCAUUUCCUCGGCCUUUUCAAUGGGCCGAUUCUACUUCUUGUUCUACCACCUUGCGAUCU